UUUGUGUCUGUUUCCUGUGGGACGCGGUGGUGGCCGUUGGGUCUGAAGAGGGAGCGACUUUCGCCUCGUUUUUUCCUGCUUAUUUUCUCCUCCCUUUUUACUUUAUCGGUGGAGCGCAGUUAUGGGUCGUAAGAAGAAGAAGCAGCUGAAGCCGUGGUGCUGGUACUGUAAUAGAGAUUUUGAUGAUGAGAAGAUCCUUAUACAGCACCAAAAAGCAAAACAUUUUAAGUGCCAUAUAUGUCAUAAGAAGUUGUACACAGGACCUGGCUUGGCUAUACAUUGCAUGCAGGUGCAUAAAGAGACCAUAGAUGCUGUACCAAAUGCAAUACCUGGGAGAACAGACAUAGAGUUGGAAAUAUAUGGUAUGGAAGGUAUUCCAGAAAAAGACAUGGAUGAAAGAAGACGACUUCUUGAACAGAAAACACAGGAGAGUCAAAAAAAGAAGCAGCAAGAUGAUUCUGAUGAAUAUGAUGAUGACGAUUCUGCAGCUUCAACUUCAUUUCAACCACAGCCUGUUCAACCCCAACAAGGCUAUAUACCCCCAAUGGCACAGCCAGGACUACCACCAGUUCCAGGAGCACCAGGAAUGCCUCCAGGCAUACCUCCAUUAAUGCCAGGUGUUCCUCCUCUGAUGCCAGGAAUGCCACCAGUUAUGCCAGGCAUGCCACCUGGAUUGCAUCAUCAGAGAAAAUACACCCAGUCAUUUUGCGGUGAAAACAUAAUGAUGCCAAUGGGUGGAAUGAUGCCACCUGGACCAGGAAUACCACCUCUGAUGCCUGGUAUGCCACCAGGUAUGCCCCCCCCUGUUCCACGUCCUGGAAUUCCUCCAAUGACUCAAGCACAGGCUGUUUCAGCACCAGGUAUUCUUAAUAGACCACCUGCACCAACAGCAACAGUUCCUGCUCCACAGCCUCCAGUUACUAAGCCUCUUUUCCCCAGUGCCGGACAGAUGGGGACACCUGUAACAAGCUCAAGUACAGCUUCAUCCAAUUCAGAAAGUCUGUCUGCAUCUUCUAAAGCUCUGUUUCCUAGCACAGCACAAGCUCAGGCAGCUGUCCAAGGACCUGUUGGUACAGAUUUCAAGCCCUUAAGUAGUACCCCUGCAACAACUACAGAACCCCCGAAGCCUACAUUCCCUGCUUAUACACAGUCUACAGCUUCAACCACUAGUACAACAAAUAGCACUGCAGCUAAACCAGCGGCAUCAAUAACAAGUAAGCCUGCUACUCUUACGACAACCAGUGCAACCAGUAAGUUGAUCCAUCCAGAUGAGGAUAUCUCGUUGGAAGAAAGAAGAGCACAGUUACCUAAAUAUCAACGUAACCUUCCUCGUCCAGGACAGGCUCCCAUUGGUAAUCCACCAGUUGGACCAAUUGGAGCUAUGAUGCCACCACAGCCAGGCAUCCCACAGCAACAAGGAAUGAGACCCCCAAUGCCGCCUCAUGGUCAGUAUGGUGGUCAUCAUCAAGGCAUGCCAGGUUACCUUCCUGGUGCUAUGCCACCAUAUGGGCAGGGACCGCCAAUGGUGCCCCCUUACCAAGGUGGGCCGCCUCGACCUCCGAUGGGAAUGAGACCUCCUGUAAUGUCGCAAGGUGGCCGUUACUGAUCUCGCUUCAUCCAAUCUAAUAGGUUUGGAGAUUAAACCUUUUCUCAACUUGUGCUGUUUAUAUAGCCAAGCUUCCGUCAAUAAGGCUUCAUUGUGACUUUAACAUUAUCUUCCCACAUACCAGGAACUAUUGGACAUUUAUUUUACAUGGGAAAAAUUAUUUGGAAUAAUAAAGCAGGAACUUUUCCUGAAGUUGCAAUUUAUACUGUAUGGCUUCUUUUUCAUGUUUCAUCUAGGUUUUUAGAAGUGAAGUAUAGUAAAUUUGGUUCGUUAUAUUGUGAAGGCGCUGGAAUUUCAUGAACAUACCACCUUAUUAAAGGCAAGUUCUGUAAGCUUACAUUGCUAUUUGUAAAGUUAUGCCUUCACAGCAUUUCAGAUGCUGUUGGACUUCAUGUCCCCAACCUAGCUUGGUGAGGGCUGUAACUAUUUCCAAGUACCUGUACAUUGGAAGUCUGAAUGUGUAACAAUAUUUAAUGUGUUUAGAGUUCCUCAUGUUGCAGGGUUUACGAAAUUGACCCACUAAGGUCAUGUGACUUUUUCUGUACUGUUAAACUUCAUUGUAAUAAAAUGAGAGAAAAAUUUAUGCCUUUUUAUUCAUAACCCAGCUGUGGACCACUGCCUGCAAGGUUUGUACAGAUGCAUGCCACAUUAGAUGUCCACAUAAUAAAAUUCAUAGUUGCCAAUGCAGUUUUGAUAUAUCAUUGGAUUCUGUCUUUGAAUUAUAGGUUGUUCUUAGCUGCAUGUUUUCAACUGGACAAUAUAUAUAGAAUUGUAUGUUAGUGCUUUAGUUAACAGAAAACCUUAGAUAAGUAUGAGUCAUUACAUAAUGGGUAUGAAAUCUUUAUAUUGUGUCACCUUUUUACCCCCUUGAUGUCAAUACUUGUUAGAUGUCUUAGAUAUUUAAAAUGUAAUCCUUAAUAUUUCCUGCUUCCUGCUGAUGAUGUUUAGAGCCUAGUGCCAGACCACUCAUUUCCUUCUGAUUGUUUUUGAGACUGCAGCACUGCAUGGACCUCAGAAGCUUUUCAGGUGCAACCUUCUAGAAGGUUGGCUGCAAGCAGUAAUUACUUACUGUGCUGUUAAUGGAUUAGUAUAUAUUCUAAAGUGUAAAGCUGAGAAUCUAUGCCUGUUAGGAUGGUUAACAGGGGAAUUUGGAAUUUUUUAUUCUAUUAUAGUAUUUGGAGAAAUAUUAUGUAGAGAUGACUGCUAUUUAGUAUAUUGUGUUGUAAGUCUCAUAAUGAUAGCUCCUAUUGACCAUUUUUGGCAUCCAGUGUUUUUAUCGUUUAAGGGUAGGUUUAUGCUUAUUUAAAUAUCAGUGACCUGUACUAAGUAUAAUUAUUAAUAUAAGGAUCUGAAGUUGAAGUUUUCCUCAAUAUAAAGUUUAAAAGUUCUUAGAAAAUGGUAACAUUUCUUUUUAACCUUUAUGUGAAGGUUAUAGGUAUAAGACAUGUAUCGCCAAGAAUACAUUUCAUCUUUGUGCUAUUAGCUGAGCUUCAUAUACUGUCACCCCUCCAGUGCCUGCCUACUGAAAUAGUUUUGGAAUUUGGCAGCACAUCAUUUAUACUGCCAAAGAAAAACAUGUGUUGAAAAAUCUUUGAGGUAAAAAUGACUUGAACUUUCAAAAAUUAUGCAAAACUUUAUUUGCAUUUAAUGCAAAGAGAACAUAUUUUAUGUCACUGUCUAUUGCUUUUUGAGGUCUGAAGGGAGAAAAUAUUACUUUUAAGUAAGUAGUAUAAUUCUCAUUAAAAGUCAACUUAGUAAAGUGUUAUGCAUGACACCUUUAAAACUUAAGCACACCAUCUCUUGUGUUCUGUAGGUAUAUUGCUCAGAUAAUGCUCACUUGAUAUAUUCAAAGUGUAAUUUGUGCUUGCAUCAAAGCAUAAUUAGCUUCUAGAAAAUAUCUUUUACCUAACUGCUUCUGGGGUCCAUGGUGUGGUUAAAUCAUGAGUGGAACAAAUUACGUUGAAUUAAUCUUUUUUUGACACAUGCUUCCUUAAUAAUAAGAGUUGAAUUGAAGUGAAGUUCAUCUUACCUCACAAGAGACAACUUUUGGGACUUGAUAUUUUCAGACAGGCAUUGUAAUUGCCAUAAUUUAGGAAGUUGCAAUAUUAAUGAGGCUGCCAGCUUUGGCUCUGCCUUGCAUCCACGCUUAAUCACCUUUUUUUAACAAAACAAAAAUGACUUAAACAUUUGUCUGGCACUAGUUUCUAUUGUAUAGAUAUUACUACUGUGUGGCAGUAACAAGAUCAGCAGUUGAACAACUUUUGAGUGGCUACUGGCAUUAUUUGAUUUGAAUACUUACUAUUUUAGUAAUAUCUCACACAUUUACUAUUAGGAUUGGGGAAAAUAAUCUUAGUGUGCUUCCAUUCCACUGAUAAGUUACAUACUGAACUUAAACUCAGCUUAUUUAAACAGGUGUGUGGGGGGAGAUCCCAACAAAAAUAACUAUGGUCUCAGAGUAGAAUUAUAGUGGGCAGUAGUUUUUUUUUUUUUGUUUUUGUUUUUAAGAGCUAUUUUUUCCCCCUUUGCUUGCUAGAUCAUUGGGAUCUUUUAAAAAUGCAUGUCUUUUAAAUUAAUUGGGUAAUGUUUUUCUAAAAUUAAAAUUUUCUUCUUCCUAUAGCCCUGCCAUAGGACAGGCUGAGGCUGAGUCUCAGUGUUGCCCUGUUCAGUCUGAGGCAAGUGGGAUUUAUUUUAUUCCUUAUAGGGGCUUUCACAGCUUGAUGGCUGUUGGAUAUUUAUGUCCCCAAACUUGCAGCAAGUUUGGUGAAGGCCCCUACGUUUAAUUAAACGUAGGAUUUUUAUACUCUUUUGGCAGAGAAGGCUCUAUAUUAAUAUUCACGUUUAACUGUGGUGUUAAUAAAAAUAAAUAAGAAGCAUUGGAUAUAAGUAAUUUGUGUUAUGCUAUACCUAACAGCCCCAGUAAAGCUGGUAUUGCAAUAUUGCAGUUUCAUAAAUUGACAAAAUUUGACAUUUUUGAUUUGGAGGCAUGAAAUAUUUCAAACAAAUUUUCCACUUUUAAUUUUUAGGGAAAUCUUACUGGUUACUUUCUCUUCAAACUAUUAAAUUUAACCUCAAGGAUAAGUUUGAUUAUUGAAAAUGUUACUGGGUACUGAAAUACACAUUCUUAACCCCAACGUUAUGCAUUGAACAUUAAGGUUGAAAGGUCAUCUGGAAAUGCUUGUGCUUUUUAAUAUUUUUCAAACCUCACCACAUUAGAGCAAAUGUUAAUGUAGAGCCCUGGGAAAAGUGGGAAGGUGGUAUGUGUGUGGUAUGUAUGCGUAUACACUACACAUUUGAGAUAGUGAAAGUAUGGGUAUUACAGACCUGUAAGUAUGGCUAGAUUACUAAUUUUCAGGUAGCCAAAUGAAAAUCGUACCAUGUGGUAAAAUUAGUGUAUUGAACUGUGGAUUCAAAACAAUUAUUUUGAGGUUCAUUUUCAGUCUUAGUGAACAAUAUUUUAUACAGUCUACAUACAUGAGAGGUAUCCAUGUUUGUUUCCCAACUAAAGUUUGCUUUAAGUUGGUGAGAAAAGAUGUGUUUAUGCCUGUAUAUUGUAGGGGGUAAAAAGGGAACUGGAAGAGAGGCCAAAACGCAAAGCUGGAUUUUGUUUCUUCCUGUGUUUGAGUCACCAUUCUAUCCAGAUAGCAUUUUCAUCUGAACAGUAACAACAUAUAGUACAACAUUUUUUCGCAAACCUGGUAUUGUGUUUCUAUAUGGUUUUAAUUCUUGGAAGCAUAAAGAAAAAAUAAUGCAUUUAAAUGAAUUCCAAGUUUUCACCUGGUUAACUUUCAUGCUCUUUUCUGUAACUGAAUCAUGGGAGAAUAGAUUUAAAUGUUUGAAUAGGAGAAUUUUGUCAUGGAAGUAUUCCACUGAAAUAUUUUAUUAUCUACUCAAUAAUUAUACAUUUUAAGACUCCAUAUUUGGAGUUAUUUUCUGUUGUACCACCAUUUCCCAAUAUACUGAAAUAUUUUAAGAGCGAAGCUGCUUGUUCUAAUAGUGGUCAUUGAAAUAAUUAUCAUUCACAUAGGCUUUACAUACUUGUACCAGAGGUAAGAGGGGUUUUCUUAAGGGUGGCAUAAUUUGUUGAAGAUGAUACAAAAUAUCUAAUUUAAGAUUUAGUUUCUUUGAUAUCUCUGUAGUUCUGUGACUCAAAUACGAUUUUAAUAAUUACAUAACUUUCGAGUGUUUAUUACGUCCACUGGAAAAACUUGAUAAAUAAAAGGAAAUGUUGAAGUUACCUCUUCAUUGAAAUAAAAUAUACACUUGUAUUGGUUAGGAGAUUCUAAAAAAUUCAACAUGUACCCUAAAAUUUGUAUAAAUAGGCAUGUCUUUUUUAAAAGGUGGUAUUUACCUGUUUGUAAUUCCAAAAUGAAAACUGUUUUAUCUCACUGUAACUAUGGAAAAGUCUUCUAAAACGAGGGAGGGGUUCAGUUCGAAAACUAUUGACUAUAAAGCAGAUUUUUGUAAGUAAACUUUUCCCCUAUUUCUGCUUGCUAUCUCAUGGCUUGAAUAUUAGUGAAGGGUACUGCUUUUUUUUAACCCUUAGUAUUUUGUCAUCUGAAUCGUUUUAAUAAAUAACCUUUUGUUUUUCUAGCAUAGAAACUA